AUGUCAUUUACAUUAACCUCUAUCCCCAAUGCUCCAGUCGAUAAUCGACCUGAUUCAGUCAUAGCUGAUCAUGAAUAUGGAAAGCUUACACUGAAGGAAUAUUUGUACACGUCAAAACAUCCUGUAGGUGAACCCUUGCCAACACCUAUUGAUGAUGAACCUCCUAUGGCGAUAUAUAUUGCUACUUAUAUCAGUUAUCUAAUAUUGAUUAUUGUUGGGAACAUUCGAGAUUUCUUCGGUAAAGUGUUUCGUCCUAAAGAUUAUGAAUUCUUGGUGGAAUCAAACGGUUACGCUCCAUGGUAUACAGCUUUUGAAUCUUUCUAUGUUAGAAGAUUGAAAACUCGAAUUGAUGAUUGUUUUGCUAGACCAAUCCAUGGAGUUCCUGGUCGUUAUAUCAAUUGUUUCAAUCGAAAGGCUAUUCGUGGAGGGUUUGUUUAUGAUGGUACUUCCAAUGAAUGUCUUAAUUUAUCGUCUUAUAAUUAUUUGGGAUUUGCUCAAUCCCAUGGAGUUUGUACUGAUGCUGCUUUGAAAUCUGUGGAUGAUUAUGGUACUUCUGUAUGUUCACCAAGAGCUCAUAGUGGUACUUCUGACUUACACUUGGAAUGCGAAAGAGUUAUUGCAGAUUUCGUUGGGAAGGAAGAUGCCAUUAUUGUUUCUCAAGGUUAUGGUACUAAUGCUAAUUUAUUCUCUUCAUUGGCAGAUUCUAAAACAUUGGUUAUUUCCGAUGAAUUGAAUCAUGCUUCUAUUCGUUUCGGUAUUCGUUUAACAGGCGCAGUGGUUAAAGUUUUCAAACACAAUGAUAUGAAAGAUUUGGAAAAGUUACUUCGGAAUCAAAUUGCUCAAGGUCAACCUAAAACUCAUCGUCCUUGGAAAAAGAUCAUCAUUGCAGUUGAAGGUCUUUAUUCAAUGGAAGGUAACUUGUGUAAUUUACCUAAAUUGGUUGAAUUAAAGGAGAAGUAUAAAUCUUAUUUGUUUGUUGAUGAAGCUCAUUCAAUUGGUGCAUUGGGUCCGUCUGGGAAAGGUGUUUGUGAUUAUUUCAGCAUAGAUCCUAAUCGUAUUGAUUUAUUAAUGGGUACAUUGACUAAAUCAUUCGGUGCAACUGGAGGUUAUUUUGCCGGUGAUAAAAAAAUUAUUGAUAAGCUUCGGAUUAAUUAUAUUUCUAAUAAUUAUACUGAAAGUGUUCCACCACCAGUUUUAGCUCAAAUUAUUUCAUCUUUAAGAGUUAUUAGAGGUGAAUUAAACCCUGGGGAAGGUGAAGAAAGAUUACAAAGAAUUGCAUUUAAUUCCCGUUAUCUCAGAUUAGGAUUGAAGAAAUUGGGAUUCAUUGUUUACGGAGCUGAUGAUUCACCAGUGGUUCCAUUAUUAUUAUUCUUACCUGCUAAAAUGCCAGCACUUUCACGGAUGCUUUAUGAUAUGGGUAUUGCAGUUGUGAUUGUUUCAUAUCCUGCUACACCAAUAAUAAGUGCUCGUGCAAGAUUAUGUGUUAGUGCCGCCUUGACAAAGGAAGAUUUGGAUUAUAUUUUGGAGAAGAUUAAUGAAGUUGGAGAAUUAAUUUAUUUGAAAUUCAGUAGUGGUAUUGCUGGGGGUUCAAAGAUUCCUGGUCGUCCACCAAGAAUGACAUUAGAGGAAGCUUUAGCUACAAAUGUUGAAGACUGUAAGCAAGCCAAAUUAGGUUAA